CACUCUGUGACGCUGCAAAUGCCUCCCAAUUCUUCACCGGCGGUGGCGCAGUCCCCCUGGACUAUAUCUUGAGGGUAGUGCUCUUUUCGCCCUCAAUACAUUCAUAAUCGUCAUCAUGCUCGACCCGGUAUCGGCAGUAGGCGUGGCUGCUGCUACCGUACAGUUUGUCGACUUCAGCACCAAGCUCUUUGCAGUGGGGAAAGAACUACGAGGUUCCCUUACAGGGCAAACGGCUGAACGCAUUCAACUUGAUGAAGUAUAUUCGCACCUCAAAACGAUAAGCACGAAGCUGUCUCAAUCAACUCGACCACCUACAGCGACGAUACCAUCACAAGAAGAACAGGAUUUGUAUCGGUUAGCAGGCUUGUGCCAGCAAGAAUGCGAUCUGUUUCUCGUCAAGAUUGACAAGGUAAAUCGCAAGAGCAGCUCUCAGAGAACCUUUAACACUUUUCGCGAUGCGUUGAAGUUAGUGUGGAGCCAGAAGGCUAUUGAUGGUCUGGAGAAGAGACUAGAGAGGUAUCAGCGGGAACUGACUCUUGCUCUAAUUAACCAUCUUGGAAAUGGUCAGUCUUCCAUCGUCCGUGGUCUGCAGACCCUCAUUGCAGACAACCGUCGUCUUGAGUCUAGUCAAAAACGCCAAAUCGACGACAUUACCGAUUUGUUGAUUGGUAUCCAAAAAGAACAAGAUUCCCAGCGAAACCGCUUCGGUCAAUCAGGGGCUCCAUCUACCUCUCAUAUUGGAUAUGUCACUAUGAAAAUACCAUGGGCGUUUCAUGUUGCAUCGCAGAUGAUUCUUCAACAGAGAUUUCUGUCCUCACUUUAUUUUCAAUCCCUCAAACUUCGUCAUUCCCGAAUUGAGAAUGCCCAUGACCGGACAUUUAAAUGGCUGUUCCAAAAACCUGGUCUCAAACAACGCGGAUCAGAUCCAAAGAUGAGAUUUCUCAACUGGCUUCGGUCUGGGCAAGGCAUCUUUUGGGUGAGUGGCAAACCGGGCUCUGGGAAGUCCACCCUGAUGAAAUAUAUCAACUCGAAUCCGCGGACUGAGGAGGUACUAUUCGAGUGGGCGAACCCAAGGACAAUCGAGAAUCCUCCAAAAAAACACGAUUCGCCUCCAAAUAUGACCUUUUUCUCGCGUCGAGUAGAUGACGAAAGCGACGACGCCUCGGACGAGAGCGAGGAAGUCAGUAACACGCAGGAGCACACACAAGAUGCUGGAGGUGAUUUUGAUGAAGAGAUACGAGUAGUUGUGGCGAGCUUUUAUUUCUGGAGCGCUGGGACGAGCAUGCAGAAGUCACAGCAAGGCCUUUUUCAAUCCCUCCUUUACGAAAUAUUUAGCCAUGCGCCUGAUCUGAUGAAACAGGCGUGCCCAAUUCGGUGGCAAGCGGCUGAGGUAGGCGAGAGCCAGGAACCCUGGACGAUCGAGGAAAUAUCGGAUACCAUUAAACGGACAAUUGGACUGGCAACUGAUUCUAUCAAAUUCUGUUUCUUCGUAGAUGGGGUCGACGAGUACAUUGGAGACCACUUUGAGAUGGUUCGAGUCCUGGAAUCCUUUGCUCGACUGCCUAAUGUCAAAAUUUGUGUUUCGAGCCGGCCUUGGAAUGUUUUUGAAGAUGCCUUUGGGAAAGACUCUGACCAAAAAUUCUAUCUCCAAGAUCUCACUCGCGGAGACAUCGACCGCUACGUCCGUAGCAAACUGAAACAGCACCCUGCAUGGAAAACGCUUACACACGAUGAUGAGCGCUAUAAAGCAAUUGCUACCGAAAUUAUUGAAAAGGCUCAGGGCGUAUUUCUUUGGGUAUUCCUAGUGGUACGCUCGCUGCUCGAAGGGUUGAGUAACGGUGACACCCUGUCCCUCCUCCAAGAAAGGCUCCGGCGGAUACCGACAGAUUUGAGAGACUUUUUCAAGUAUAUGUUGGACUCUCUAGACCCGAUUUAUAACCAACAUGUUGCCCAUUUCUUCCUAGCUGCGUUAGACUCGGACCCUCUUCCUCUGAUGAUGUACGCCUAUUUCGAAGAGGAAUUUGAUGAUCCCAACUAUGUCUUUGAGCUUAACAACACUCAAAUGGAAACCUAUGACAUCAUUCCACGCCAUAAGCAGACCGAGAGGCGCCUCAAUGGUCGAUGCAAGGGACUUCUGGAAGCCAAUCGUGAAGAGGGCGUCGACUUUUUCCGUUAUAGUGUAGGGUUUUUGCACCGGACAGUCCGAGACUUUUUCUUAACUCUCGAGAUGAGAGAAGAGUUUGAGCGCAGAUUACCUUCGUCGCUACAAAUCUGUGUUUCCAUGGCUAAGUCCUCGCUCGCCUUGAUCAAAAAGUCCCCUAGAGUUGGCGAAGUCGUCGGCAAAUCCUCGUCGUUUCGAUACCUAUUGGAUCUCACAUUGUACAGUUCUCGGCGGGCCGAACUGUCUAACGGAGCACCGACAACCAAGAUUCUGGAUGAGCUCUCAUAUGUCCUCAAAGACUUGAACUUUUACGAAUCUUACUGGUCUGGAACCAAAGAGAGAGGUGGAGAUACAAGAGACAUGUUCCUUGCAUUAACACUAGAAAGGGGGCUAUUAUUGUACACAUCCCAACAACUUGAGUAUCGGAGUCGAAAUCCAAUCUCCACGCGAAGAUUGAAUCUUGGAGGCGAACAAAGUUGGUCCCUUUUAGACUGUGCAUUGACACUUCCAAGAUCGGAAUCCUUUGAUGAGCCUGAUGUAUCCGAUAUGGUACUUUAUUUGCUUACGAAUGGCUGCAACCCGAACGAGUUGCACAACAAUAAGACUCCAUUCUCUCGCUUCCUUCAACGUAUGGGACUCGAACAAAUGAAUGAGAACGCCGGAGCCGAGACCUCUGUCUACUCGCAUAGAUUAACAGUCUUAAAACAUCUCCUGACACAUGGGGGAGACCCCAACUUUGGGGCGAGUGAAGGGUCGUGGGCAACAUGGGUGACAUUUUUCCGCCGCCUCUACGAGCAAGAUGUUCCCAAGAAGCACUGUCAGCAUUUUAUUGACAUUAUCGAGCUACUUUUAUCCUUUGGAGCAGAUCCGAAUCGCCCUGCUGAGGGUGUAUGCCGAUGCUGUCGAACAUUCACUCCGUGGAGGCACUUCCUUACUUGGAGAGGUGGAUUGAAAGGAAUCAAGGCAGCUCCAUUCCACCAACAAGAAUUUCUCGCACGCGUGUGUACGCUCUUAUUAGAACAUGGAGCCGAUCCAACAAUAACAUUUCCUCAAUCUAAGAACUCCUGGGUGGUAGCUAAAACUGCUAGCGCUGUGAAUCUGCCCGGACUAUCCGUAGCGGACAUUAUCCGCACGGACUUCCCAGCCCGACUUGCUGCGCCGGUUCUUGCAGCACUCCCAAUAGAGGCCAAGACGUCGAAUCAAAACCAGUGCGGAAUUCGUGGACCUGGUAGUACUCCAUCCCCUGGUGGUACAUAUUCUGAAUCCAUCGCAAGACCCUCGACAAUAUCACUCUGGAAUCCUUUGUCCUGGCUGUCGUACUUCCGCCAGCCACCACCACCAGCAAAGGAAGCCCAUAUCCAAAGCUUGGACCUAUUCACACGAGUCUCAGACGACAUAGCAUUCACGGACCUGGACCCUGCUUCUGCAUCCCAGAACCCCGCACUCGCAAUCACUCUUAGGAAAAUGGGCUUCACAUGCUCGUCAUCGGCUCUUCCCAAAUCGUUUCUUCUAGCUGCCCAAAACCGAUUCACUACUGCCGAGCUUCGAGGCCACCGUCGUGCUGAAGUGAGGUCUCCAAUCUUCUUAUUCGGUGCACAUCUCUUUCCGGGUAUUACCAUGCGAUGUAUGUCAAAUGACAAUUCCUAUCCUCACCGGUACUUAGAACCUUCCUCCGCGCUCCGUGAAAUCUCACGGCGCAUGACUCCGGCGACACUCAAUCGGUACGAGUGUCGGGCCAUGCGUAACACACCAUGGCCUGCUCUUAUUAGCUCUGGUUUAGGAACGUCUACUACUGGAAUGUUACUGUUUACGCAAGACAGGUCUCUGCAAUUCGAAAAUAUGUUCGAAUUUGAAAUGAUUUUCGAUAAGGACUGGGCACAAGUGGAUAUUGAGACAGCAGAUGGAGAGAAAGAAAGUAUCAUCGCACAGAUACAUGUUUAUAAGGGAGUUUGGAACGAUCUCGUUCCCGUGGAAGAGAGACGCUGGGACCCAUCUCGCUUGUUAACAGAACGGAGGCUGAAGAACGCUUUUGAUCGUGUACGAGAGCUAGAACAUGAUAUGUAAUUAGAAGAAUGUUGACAGAAUGCCGCGCUGGUUUUUAAAAGCCUGACGUACG